AGGAUGUACAGCUUCAUGGGAGGAGGCCUUUUCUGUGCCAUCGUGGCCAACAUCCUCCUGGUGGUGUCCACAGCCACCGAUUACUGGAUGCAGUACCGCCUAUCAGGCAGCUUCGCUCACCAGGGCCUGUGGCGCUACUGCAUGUCGGGAAAGUGCUACAUGCAAACGGACAGCAUCGCGUACUGGAACGCCACAAGGGCCUUCAUGAUCCUGUCAUCGAUGUCAUGCUUCGCGGGGAUCAUCGCCGGCAUUCUAUCCUUCACCCAUUUCUCCGGAUUUGAGAGAUUCAGUCGUUCCUUUGCUGCAGGGAUCAUGUUUUUCGUUUCGACUCUCUUUGUUUUCCUGGCCAUGGCGAUCUACACCGGGGUGACGGUCAACUUCCUUGGAAAGCGCUUUGGUGACUGGCGCUUCUCAUGGUCCUACAUCCUCGGUUGGGUUGCUCUGCUCAUGAACUUCUUUGCAGGUAUAUUUUACAUGUGUGCUUACAGGAUGCACGAGUGCAGGCGAGUCGCAGGAACACGCUAGAUGGAUAAAAAUGAGAAGACUCCAUAC